AUGUACAAAGUUUUUGGUGGCGUUCUUGAUGAAGACUCCCCUUACGACUUCGAAGAGGUGGACGACCCUACGGAGUGGAGUCCUGAGCAGCUGCGAUUAGUGAGACUAUUCGAGAAAGCGGAGUUUCUUCGAUAUAGGCUGGAGGUUUUGAAAGCCGAUUAUGAUGCCUUAAUGAUUCGCAAAGAAUUUGACAAGAGAAGCAAGGCUCAAACUGAGAGAGAACGAGCUAUGGCAGCACAGCAUCAUGCGACUCAAAAUAGAGGGCAUCUUUCAUCUGAUAACUUUGAUGAUGAUUAA